AAGGGAGGCGGGACUUCCGCUCCGCCGGGCGCUCGUCAGGCAGGAGGCGGAAGCGUGGCGGAGGCGGUAAGGUUGGAGCGCGCCGCGAGGCGACAUUGGUCUGGAGUGGUCGCGCCCCCUUGGCCGUGCGGCGGUCCUCGCGUGCCGGGUGAUUGUGAAGUGGUGAGUAAUUGCCACUGAAUAUAAUUGUGACAGAAGAUACAAAGAUGGCAGCAAAUCCUUCAGGACAAGGUUUUCAAAACAAAAACAGAGUUGCGAUCUUGGCAGAACUGGACAAGGAGAAAAGAAAAUUGCUUAUGCAGAACCAGUCUUCAACAAACCAUCCUGGAGCUGGUAUUGCACUCUCAAGGCCGGCUCUGAACAAGGACUUCCGGGACCACGCCGAGCAGCAGCACAUCGCCGCCCAGCAGAAGGCAGCUUUGCAGCAUGCUCACGCACAUUCAUCUGGCUACUUCAUAACUCAAGACUCCGCGUUUGGCAAUCUUAUUCUUCCUGUCUUACCUCGCCUUGACCCAGAAUGAAGGGACUGUGAUGGACGUGACUCUGACGAUAAAUGCCAAAGCUACUCUCAGUGCUGUUCAAACAGUAACUUUCAGAAUUCUGGUGAACUUUUUUUUUUCCGCCUCUUUGAAAGAAAUGAACAUGUAGACGAAGACAAAAGCAAGGGCAGUGAAGAUGAGAGCUCGGGAU